AUGGGUUGUUGCACAUUUAAACUGUAUAAGGAGGAAGCAGGUAUUUGAAAUGCUUAACUUAAGUCUUAACUGUGGAGGAUAGAUAAUUAGAUGAGAUAGACGCAGGGGUUUCACAUCAAAUUGCUGGAAAUAUUACUACCCAGAUGUAAUUUCACGAUAAGGAAUCUAAUGCCAUUAAAUCAAGUUCCUUAUCCAAAGAAUAAUUCUAUUAAAAGCAUUAAGAAUAGCAGUAAGAUUAACCUAAAAAUAAGGAAGGAAAUAAAUCAGACAUGGGUAGAAAAUCAAUUAGUGGCACUAUGAAAUUAACACCAGAAAUGUUGGUUAGAAAGUAAUGUAUAACUGAAAAGUUCCUUUCUCAUUAUGAAAUAGUAAAGAAAUUGGGAUAAGGUGGUUUUGGGGAGGUUUAUUUGGUGAAACAUUUAUCAACUGAGAAUUUGAGAGCAGCAAAAGUGAUCCUCAGAAAAACGAUUAGUUGUGAAGAGAAAUUGUUGGAGGAAACUGAAAUCUUAAAAACUUUGGAUCAUCCUAAUAUUGUUAAGGUUUUAGAAAUAUUUGCAGAUUUCAAAUAUUAUUAUAUAGUAACUGAAUAUUGUAAGGGAGGCGAAUUACUCGAGAGAAUCAAAACAAUCUCUAAAUAUAACGAGAGACAAGUAGCAAAAUAUAUGAAAUAAGUAUUUUCCGCAAUAAUGUACUGUCAUCAUAAAAAUAUUGUUCAUAGAGAUCUGAAAGUAUUUCACAUUCUUAAUAAAUAUUCUAGCCUGAAAAUAUUCUUUUUGAUUCAAUCGAUCCUGAUGCUAAUUUAAAAGUCAUCGAUUUUGGAGCAAGUGAAAAAAUGAUUAAUCAAUCCUGCUUAACAAAAAAAGUGGGAACUCCAUAUUAUGUAGCACCAGAAGUGAUAUCAGAGCCAGGCUAUGAUCUAAAAGUGGAUGUAUGGUCAUGUGGAGUGAUACUUUACAUUUUGAUGAUUGGAAGACCUCCUUUUAAGGGGUCCAAUGAUAUUGAAACUUUAAGAUUGGCAAAACAAGGUAAAUGGAAUACAAAUAAUGAUCGUUGGAUUAAAUUAAGUGAUUAAGUCAAAGAUCUAAUCUCCAAAAUGAUAGUUGUAGAUCCAAAAAAACGAAUCAACAUGGAAGAAGCAUUUAACCAUGUUUGGAUCCAAGAUAAUUAGAACAAGGAGAUAGAAGAUUUUAAUAUCAUCCAAACACUUAGUCAUUUUUCUGCUCAAAAUAAAUUAAGGGCAGCAAUUAUUUAAUUUAUUUCUGUGCAAUUAGUUAAUAAAGAAGAAAGCACGAAAUUAUUUUAAACUUUUAAAUCUUUAGAUACAAAUGGGGAUGGAGUAUUGAGUAGAGAAGAAUUACUUAAAGGAAUUUUAGUUGCUGAUAUUGAUCAUUUUUAAGCAGAGAAUAUGGUUAAUGAUUUAAUUUAAGAACUUGAUGUAAAUGAAUCUGGUAAAGUAGAUUUUACUGAAUUCAUUUCUGCUGCUCUUGUACUUUAAUCGAAAAUCACUAUUAAUAAUAUCAAGAAUGCAUUCAAGAUGUUCGAUCUUGAUGGAAACGGAGUAAUCAGUAAAAAUGAAUUAGAAAAUAUAUUUGGAGGAGUUGAAAUUGAUAAUUAAGCUUGGGAGGACAUCCUAGAAAAGUUUGAUUAUAAUAAAGAUGGAGUUAUUGAAGAAGAAGAAUUCAUUAAACUAUUAGAAAAUAUUUAAUUAUGA